AUGAAAAGAGAAGGGCAAGAAUUGUUGGAACGCAACGGAGUGGAAAACAACAACAAACAAGAAGCUCAGCCUGAAGUUGAUAAUCAUGAAGAUGUCUUGGAAAAUGAUUAUGAUAGAGAAUUCUGGAUUAAAGUAGGCAUGAUUGAAUGUUAAAAACAUAUAUUCUAACAGGUCUCGAUAACGAGUUGAAUCUUGCGGCAAUCGUAAACAGUAUUAAUCUUCAGCGUAAGGUUUAACGAGUUAAAACUGAAUUUUGUGCAAAAAGGAAAUUUUAAUCAUCAAGCUACGUAUAUCCAAAAUAAGUGCUUCCUAAUUCGUUAUGUCUCUCUCAAGGAAGCCUUAAAAUAUAUUUCAUCAUUCUAGAACUCACGGUACAGAGCUAUUCAGGGCAUGAUGUAUGACAUACAACACGAAGCUGCCCUUGAGCAUUUUUAACAGCAUGUACUCUUGCAGGUUCGUUCAAAGCAGAGCAAUGGACUUUCAUGGAGUAGAGCUAUGGAUGAAGUUACUGUUGAAAGACUGAUCCAGAAGUACAAAGAUAACGGGGAACUGGAUGAUGAGGAUCCAGCCCUUUUGAUUUUAAAACAGUGGCCAGCAUCUAAGCAGUACAUAGAUAAUCCUGAAAAACUUCCAGGCCUUGAACAG